AUCAUCUCACUUUUGUACUUAUAUAAACCUGUCCUCACCCUCUGCUCAGGCACUCUGCCUUCACUGACAUAUCCUCCACUCCGAAGGAAUCUGCGCUAAAGGAAUCUGUGAGUCAGUGUCUCUCGCAGUCUCACUCUUUCAAUCGCUCUCUCUGCUUCUCUCCUGGACAAUGGAUCCGUCAGUGAUCAGGAAAUCACAGCUGAUCCCGUUCCGCGGAGUACCGCUCCCGCAUUAUUUUCUGGAAAACAUGGAAAAGGUUGGAGAGUUCGAGGCGGAUAAGACUGAUGUUCUGAUCGCAACCUACCCAAAGGCAGGCACGACCUGGAUGCAGGAGAUAGUGGACUGUGUGCUCCAUGGAGGGGAUGUGAGGCAGUGUGAACAAAGCCCCAUCCAUUACCGCAGCCCCUUCCUCGAGGCCUUCUUCCCGGAAAUGCCCAGUGGGCUAGAAUUACUUGCUGAGAUUCCAUCUCCAAAACCGAUUAAGACGCAUCUCCCGUUCCAGCUCAUUCCCACAUCCUUUCUUCAAAAACAGUGCAAGAUCAUUUAUUGCGCUCGAAACGCCAAGGAUAAUGUGGUUUCGUUUUUCCACUUCGACCGAAUGAACAUGUUGCAGCCGGAUCCCGGGACUUGGGAGGAAUUUUUACAGAAAUUCCUGACGGGAAAUGUCACGUAUGGGUUGUGGCAUGAUCACGUGAAGGGAUGGUGGGAGCAGAGAGGAAACUUUCCCAUUCUCUACAUGUUCUAUGAAGACAUGAAGGAGGACCCGAGGCGUGAAAUCAAGCGGGUGGCUGAGUUUCUGGGCAAGGAGCUGGGCAGCAAGGAACUGGACACCAUCGUUGCUCACACCAGCUUCAACGCCAUGAAACUCAACCCAAUGACCAACUAUUCAACCAUUCCGCUUGAUGUGUUGGACCAAAGAACAUCUCCAUUCAUGAGGAAAGGCAUUGUGGGAAACUGGAAAACACACUUCACUGUGGCUCAGAACCAGAUGUUUGAGGAGGAUUACUGCCGCAGGAUGGCGGGGAGCACAUUGCAUUUCCGGACAGAAUUGAAACCAGGAGACAAUUGUCUGUAGUGACCUGUACUCCCUCCCAGAGCGCCUCCUCCCACCCAAAGCCCAUCGCUAUCAGAGCAUCACCCCGCUCCAUCUUGCAGCACCUCCCCAUCAUUCCCUCCCUCAGCCCCUUCCCCCUGGAGCGCUUCCUUCCCUCCUUCCUAGAGUCCCUCUCCCCCUUGCCCCCUGCUUUAGUAUAUUAAUGGCUAAGACAAAUACUGCAAAUCUCAUUCAAACCGGUUCCAAUUAUGCUUCAGGUUGCCAGUUAACUUCAGCGGUCUUGGUAUUUGCACAUACCUCAUCACGGCCUCAUAUUCUUUGUUUCAGUCUGCAUUUGUUUCUUUAAUUCGGUUUCCAAUCUCGUAAUCCAAUUCCAUCCAAAGUCAGCUCACUUCUGACACCAUGUAACAUAACUCGCUUCAAAUCAAGGAUAUAUUAGCAACUUCUUUAUUUGUCAAUCCAAACACACGGAAAUCCACCAUACACUUUGUCACAGUGUCCUUUAGUAUGUCCUGCUCUUCUUUUUAUUGGUCCUUUUGUUAAUAGCUAAUUUACACUUAAAGGAGUAUCC